AUGCCCUCCCUUUCCGCUCAACAGCACCCACCAACUACCUGCCAGCCUAUCUACGUCAUCCCACUCAAAGUUGGUGACUCAAAUCCAAGGCCGGACUCCAGCGGCUGGAACAUGCCCCCUGCGAGAAAGCGAGGCAGAAAAUCCAACGUCCCACCGGCACAGCGAGAACAAAAUAGAAAAGUGAGUGUUUGGCCCUCGGCUAACUCCCCUAUCGCAUACUGCCUAUGAGUAAUUUCGUCAAUAUGUAAAACUUCGAGCUUUGGAUCAAAAUCAUGCGGAUCUAUCACGUUGUCAUUUCUAUAUCCGAUGCAUAGGCAAAUCGGCUGUUAUUAUGGUCGAGUCCCUUAGUGUACAGUCCAUUAUUUCCAGGUUCAGAUUAUUUGUCUGAAUCUAUUUUUUUUCUCAAAGAAAUAUGGACUCAGAAUAUUAUGCAAUCUGUUGGAGAGUGCGUGGCAAACGUCUGAGCGUUUAACUGUGGGACUUUCGUUAAGGUAUCAACCUUGCCAGAUCGAACUCACCUCUUCAUUUAAUCUCUUGUAAACAAUUGUGUGCUGCUGUAUUGCCUUAAGUCAUUACAACCACAUGUGGUGUCCAGAAGUGGUUCAGUCAGCUCAUCUGUACUACUCUUAAUUAUUGGACAAAUAAUUAAGCGUUAUUCGCCUCAGUAUAGUACAGUCGUGCGCACUAUAAUAGAGGCUAAUGAGACAUAUUCGGAGUUCGACCUCGUCUUACUGUAUCUUAUCCUCUUAUAGUUGCUGUCUCGACUGUUUGAGUUAACGCACACCACUAACCUCGGCCCUAGACAACUACAGAUUUUGACUGCUUCUCGAAAUCAUACUGACUAGAUUUUCGAUUUUUAAUUUAUUCCCAGUACCAUCAAUUUGCGUUUAUGGGCAAAAGUCCGUCAAACUCAAUCGAACCACACGUGAGUGGAUUAGAGGUUUCCGGACGAUGCGUGAACUGAUUACGACUUACCCGGUAGGCAAAAGCAAUCUAGGCUGAACAGUGAUCACGUAGUUAGGCAAGCGUUGAUCCCCAUUGCAUGCGUGGACAUGGUGGUAAUCCGUGAAAAUUAAAGUGCCCGAAUUGUCGUGAUUUCUACUCUAGUAACUGCGUGUGAAGAAAAAGUUGAUAGCUUGUCUAGGCAACACCUGCUUUAUGGCAAUCCUCCCAUAGAAUUGUCACUAUUGAGAUUGUCUCUACGGCAUCUUGCUGCAAUUCUUAAUUCGACCAUCAACGCCCCUUGCGAUCGUGCGGUGUGAUCAUAGUAGUUAGUGCCAGCCCAAAUACAAUUGAUUACAAAGCCGAGGCCAUGGAGAAACAAUAAGUUAAACGAGAAAUGAAGACAAGCAGAGGGACCACUGACUUCCACAGCCACUUUUCCGGUCACUGUAGCCUAACCCUGAUACACUUGCCUAGGGGUCUUUGUAGAUACGUGUUCCCAGAAGUAGCUUUUUCUGCUUUGCUGGUAAAACGAUCGGGUUUGUGAGUAUUGUUGCAACACAUUAAUAAGACCCUUCAGGUUACAGUUUUUAUGAUCAUGAUCCGCGUCAUAGACUAAAAGUGAGUAAAUCAGUAAAUUCCCGUUCGGAUUUACCCAUAGACUGCUUUUCUAGCCACUGUAGGAGUGCUACGUCCGGAGAGAGAGAGGUACAUGUUCGAAAAAGUGUGUUACAUCCUAGAGCAUGUGGGUGCCAGUUGACGUUUAUUCUAAUUACGAUGAUUUUUUCAUGUACUCAGAAGUUGUCAUGUUUUGGCUAACAGAAAGCUAAGAAUGAUGACUAAAAAGGGGAACGACGGGAGGUUGUCAGGGUAGCCCCAGCCCCCCCCCCCCCUCCCUCUCUAACCGGUUUGCAUUCAUGGAUGUGCUCAGUGCUCCGCGUGUCACUUCGGUCCUCCCCUGGCGUUGUACUGUCGCCCCCACCACCACCACCACGUCGUCUGAUGUGGGGUCCACUCACGCUCUGUCCCUUUGAAGGACAUCCUUUCCUGUUUACUCACGUCGAUCCGCAUUUGUUCCUAACCUCAGGUACUCCAGUGACUGUUCUCACACCGCCCCUUUGUUUUUUUUCGGUCUCACAGCUGAAGAAGCAGAACAUGGAACGACGCAGACGUGCUUGCAUUGCCGACAAGCUAUCCGCUCUUCACAACCUUGCAAUCUCAAUUAUUGGCGAAACGGUGAGUUUUCACUCUGCACGAAGAUUUUCUUUGUGCUUGACUUCAGGGCACGCUACUGUUCAGAUACUGUGACUACUGUCCUCAUGAUCCUCCCUCCCACCCCCACUGGCGAGGGGCUCAUCGGCUGCAAAUUUCCCAAAAGACCGAAGUCCUGGCUACAAGGCGUAACCCUGUUUCCGCGGGCUCUGAGUUAAGCAGUUAACCGUACUUAAAGGGGAAACUGACAAACAAGGUGUAGGUUAUUAUGGGCACAACCCGAGUCUCUCUGCCCACCCACCAGCCCAGCUGCCGGAUGGGACUGACAAUUCUCAUUUUUGUCACGAAGAAGCACAUAAACAUGAUAACUUUCGAAUUGUUGGCUGAAGGCUCGUUAAGACCGUCCUAGCCGAUUGCGGUUAGGCUAUUCCCAGAAGCCGUUUAGACGCCAUGUAUGCCUUAGCUACGAGAGCUGUUACAGCUGCUCGCUGAAGCGUACAUAGCACGUUUCUGCUGGGGUCAACCUCUUGAGUUAUUUUCCAAACUAAUUUCAUGGCGUACGCAAUUGGCUGACUCAUUGCACCCUAUCUCAGGUGUCACGCCAACCCAUUAUCGAUUUUCUGAGGCCCGAGUCAAUGUUGCCAUGGCACCCUCGCGGUCGAUUUUCGGCAUGCAUCCACGAGCACCGUUGCACUAUCCUCGCGCGUGUGUCUCAACGACACGCUGACGGACACCUCACUUGGCCCCCUUUUUCUGCCUACGGACUUCACACCAUAGAAAUAGCGUCAUCAUGUUCCCCUGUUUCCUCUUUUAGCCCAAAGUGCAGACCCAACAGCGCACUGAAAUCACCGACAUCCUCAACCAAUGUGUCACAGUCUUCCAGGGUCUCUCCGAAGUCGUCAAAGCGAAUCCAGACCUCCAGGCGAGCAUGCGCCGACUGAGCUCGCAGAUGCAGACUUCUUCCGGCGAACAACAGCGUAAACGGGCCAUGGUGGCAGCCCAGGACGAACCACCGCCGAACUCGAGGGCGGGUGGGGCAAUAAAGGAGCGGGGCGGUGAAAAUAAAGAGAAUAUUCCUUGCCCCGUCAGAUUUCCGACCUCUAGUGGAGGACGCGUCUCUGCCUUUAUGCCAGUUUCGACUGUGUCCACUAGCACCCUGCUUCCUCGUGUUGUUCCUUCGCCGUCGGCCUUCCGGGCACCCUUGUCCUCGCCCUUCCCCGGCCCUCCUCAGCUAACCUCCUAUGACACCAGUGUCGUAUCGCCCCUGCGGCCGGGCUACGACAGCAGCAUCAGCAGCUGCACUUGGAGCACUCCUGUCUCGGGGACUGUGGGACGGUCCAGCACAGACAGCACCGAUUUUGUUACACCCCCAACUGCCCUGCAACCUGGUGGGGCAGAUACAGACAGUUUUAACCUACACAACCGCCACCGCCAAUCCAAUCCCAACUCUACCAGCCCCACUCAGGCGGUCUGGCGUCCCUAUCUUGACUGA